AGUUUCUUGAUGAAUGAUCAGACAGAGUAUCAAGGAUGGCAGUUCUGGAAUAAUCGGUGUUUUCUUAAACAACCAACUAUUUAUAAUUUACCUUUACCAAUCAGAGGUGGUUUUUGGGUCAUGGAGGAUUUUGAACCACCUUCAUUCUCCUUAGGCCUUGAUUCCUCUUUUCUGUUAUCCACAGCUGCUGCAACUCUCCAACACGAUCAUUUUCAAACCCUAGUCCUACUCGUCGAUGAUUCGGAGCCACAAUUUCCAGAUCCUCAUCCCAAGCGCCUUCGCCGUCUACUUACCGCUUCGCCCUACACUAAGCCCGCGUUGCAUUCUAGGGAGGUUGUCGAUGAUGAAGAUGUCCACGUCUUCUCUUCGCCGGAGGAUUGGCCUACUGAUGAACAGAUUUGUACACAACAUCCUGCUGUUUGUACCACUUCAAAGCUCUCACCAGAUAUACAAAACAGAAACCAAAUAGAUUGUGAAACUGAUGAUCCUUCUGUCAGUGAUGGUGCUCACAAUAAUAUUAAUGGAUCAAAGUCAUAUCCAAAUCGGAGGCAGUCUGGUUCUGGUCUUCUUCAACAUGUAGGUUUAAUGAAGCAACGAAAAGUAAUCGAAUCGAUUGAUGUAUCAACUACAGAACAUCCAUGGGAAGAUUUCAGAUCCAUGAAACAUGACACUAAUGCUGUAGAUUUGGAUGACUCUCUCCCCCCUGCUCAUCGUUAUUUCUUUCAUUUCGAUUCAAGGAUCCAAGAGCUUGUUCGAAAUCGCCUGCCUAAUUUUUCUCCUUUGGGUAACAGAGAUCUUGAUCAUCAUCCCAGUACAUCAACAAUUGAUUACAUGGGCCAAUUUAGCUUUGGUGAGAGCUCUGAUAGAAAGAUUAAAGAUAAGAAAAGCUCAAGUAGCAGGAAAACUUCAAAAAGAUCAAGGAUUGAAGAUGGGUCACAAGGUUGGGUGAAUCCAAAGCUUGGUGUUUGUAAAGGACAAUCAAAAGGUGCUGCGAAAAGAAAGGCGCAUGCAGUCCGGCAAGCUGCGGGGCAUUGGUUAACAUAUCCUGAUGGAAAGAAAGUUUAUGCGAGUAAAAAGGGUCAGGAGCUGAGUGGUCGAGUUGCAUAUUGGCUAUACAAAAAGGAGAGUGGAGCAGGGGCAAAAAAGGCAAAAAAGAGGGAAGCUGCUACUAAAUGAAUGUGCCAAGUGAUUCCCCAAAAGGACCUUGAUGUAUAAAGUGACCAAGUUUUUAUAUAUUUAAGUUUUUGUAUGUUUGUGCAAAAUGACCGUCCCAAUCGUCAAAGGUGUUCAUUUCCUUGACGAAAUGACACGUGUCACUCUUGUGGAUUUCAAGUCCCUAAAAAACUCACAAUUUGUAUGGGAUUUUUCAUAUAAU